ACAGAAAUAGUUGUUUCAUAACAUCUAAUGAUAAAAGUCUCGCAAAAAUAUACAUUCAUUUUCAUUGUUAAACUGAAUUGAAUUUAACGAUCGAUUCGGUAAUCAAUUGACAAAAUCAUUGAAUCAUUGAAUCAAAUCAUCGGUUGAGACAAUCCUUAUAUGUGAGCAAUGGUUGACUACAGCAAAUGGAAAGCCAUUGAGAUCAGCGACGACGAGGACGACACGCACCCCAACAUCGACACGGCCUCACUCUUCCGAUGGAGACAUCAGGCGAGAGUCGAACGCAUGGAUGAGUUCCAGAAGAAUAAGCAACAAAUCAAAGAGAAGAGAGUGGAGACCGAAAAGAAGCUGAAAGAAGUGUCGCUUAAGGCCAAAGAGACGGACGACACGGCCAUCAAAGACGAGCUCAAGAAACUGGAGAUCGCGAAGAAGGAGUUGGAGGACAAGGAGACGGAGUUAGACAAACAGGAGAAGACUCAGCCCUGGAAUGUGGACACCAUCUCGAAGGAGGGCUGGAGUAAGACUAUUAUCAACAAACCGGUCCCUAAAGUGGACAGAAGUGAGUUGAGUGACGAAGAG